CCUGGAUACCACAGCCUCGCUCGAUACAUGCGAGAUUGACAUACACAUGCAGCCUCCUGAUGAAAGCCAGCUCUGGUGCCACAGCCCGGGCCCGUCCCUGUGGAAACUUAUUGCCGAGUAUGUUCCGGAGUCAGAGCUGUCAAAGAUCUACACAGCACUGGGCCACGUUGUGGUUGACAUGUACACAGAAGUUCACAAUGAGGCAGAGAUGUGGUAUAAGAUGUGGCAGGAGAGCCAGCGAGGAGGACAAAACAGCAGCAGGACGGGAACCCCGCUCUCCUCUCUCACUGACCCGCCUGCAAUCAAAGAGCUGGUGAGAGCUGAGGUCAAGAUGCUACUACAGACUCUCAGAGAGAGAGCCAACAGGGGGGGAAGAGACGGCGAGGAGCUCCUACUGCGGUACAAACCUGAGACAGUCAGUUAUGCCCUUGGGCACCUUGACAGCUCUAACGGCGACUGCAUCAGCCGUGGAGAUACUGAUAAUGGAAGCAGACCGAGCUCUCGCUGCUCAGUCAGGUCCUGCGCUGAAGAUGAGAUUGAGGCAGUGAGAGACAAGCUGAACAUCACUGACAUUGACCAAGUGGUGGAUCACCUCAAAUCUGUCCUUGUGGAGGAAUGUGAAAUGCUGAACGGCCUGGUGCGGUUUUUCAAGAGAAAUAUAAAACAAAGGUGCAGGAGUCAAAGUGAAUGUGAGAUAUCUGAACCUUCACUUGCAGAGUUAAGAGAGCUACGAGGAGUGAUACAAGACGAGUUGGAGCUUUACCCCUCUUCACUCGCAGCUUCACCACAUUCUCUCCCAGUGAAGGAAAUGAAAACCAGGUUCAGACUAUCAGCAGGACAAAAGGCCUCUGAUGAGACUCUACAAUCUUUACACUCUUCAUUAGUCCUAAGACCACAUCCACCUUCUCCACUGUGUCUCCCUAAACCCAGGCCACCGGUUGGACCUCGUCUCACUAAGACCUCUGCAUCCUCCAAACCAGUUCUCCCACCCUCAUUGUCCAGGACUUACAGUCAACACAGCACAGUAUUGUCCAGUAAGCUGAGCAGAACACCAAUCUGCAGCAAACUCACUACUUUAGGGCAGGUGAACAGUCACUCGCCUCUCAUCAGUGGUCAGAUAAUGGUUAAGAGCAAACACCACUGUGGUCUUUCUCCAGAGCGAGACAGUACCGAUCUCCACCACAGGCCCUGGACUUCUAGUCCUCGUUUCCAAACACAACCUCAGAGAAACUUACCGUUUCUCAGUGGAGAUGAUCCAUCAUCCCAUCAUAGUAUUAUUCACAGCCUGAGCAGCGAGUGUGAUCCGUCAGCACAGAGGGAGAGACAAAGCUUCUCUGUCAGUAAUUCAACAAACAACAGUAUUCCCACCUCACUUAUCCCAGCACUCUGUCAUAUGAGUGGGUUCAGAAAUAGCAGCAUUGACCAUUCUGGGUCAACAACGGGGGAAUCAGAGAUGCUGAAUGGGCAGAGGAAAUGCACCGGUAUUGUGUCAUCAUUACAAGAGGAUAAUGACAGAGCUAAGACUAUUUCUGAGAGAUCCCAUUAUUUUGUCAUGUCUGAACCUGGGAGUCCCAGUGACAGGGAAAGCAAGAGUCACAUUGAUGGAAAUAAAAGUAGUCAUUUUAGGAAGGAUUUAAUCCAACAGCAAAGCCUUAGGAGCUGCUGUUUGACAGAUCUCUCCUCACAUCAUUCAGACAGUGGUUAUGAACAAGAGCAGGCCAAAUGCAGUCAGUCACUGCCUGUACAGUUAAGUGGAAAAUAUGUUACUUUCCCCAAAAGACAAGUAAAAGGUAAACCGACAAGGGUCCACGAGGCUCAAACAGAGUCUAUCAACAUGUUUUACCAACCAGUGCCUCCUUCAAGAGUGUCAACAUGAAGUCCACCCCAUACUAAAGAGAACAUGUUUGUGUGAUUGUCAUAUAUGUGACAUCUGAAGCAUAAUGCAUUCAUUUUAAGCUCAGUGAGCAUGUGGUAAGAAUACUGAACAAUUUCACAGCUGGAUUUGGUUCUUCUUCUUUUUUAUAUCAAGCCUUAAUCAUAAGACUUUAUAGAUUAAUUCCAACAGACACGGGUAGUAAUUAUAGUGCUUUGAACUGUGUAAAUAUGUAUGUAACGUAUACGUAUUUCAUUUAAAAUGUGUGCUAAACUAAAACAUGUACAGAAUAAAUGUUUAAAGACAAUUGUGUUGACAGUGA